AUGGGGGGGUGUGUGGGCAAGCCGCCCCUCUCUCCCCCAGGCGUCCCCCGCGGCGACAGCUUCUUCGACGACGCGCGUGCCGCCGGCGGAAGUCGUAGUAACGGUGCGCACGAAUCGGCGGCGCGCCACAAGCUAGGAUCAGAUGUAGUUCCGCCGCCGCCGGCGCCGCCGGCGCCGCUCGAGAGAAAAUCCAGCGGAGGAGUACAGCGGUACGCCGAGUCGCCCGCGCAAAUCCCGCUGUCGCAGAAGCAUGCGUGGGCGCAACCUUCCGCCGUCUGCGCGGACAAGCUGCCGCCCGGCGCGGACGACCGGGCGGGGCGGCGGAGCGAGGAGGGCGCAUCGGGGUUCCUCCCCGGAUCGCCCCCCGACAGCUCGGAGUGGCAAGUAAACGAGCCGCUCGAUUUGUCCGUGAUCACGGGCCGCACCGCCGUCCCGACGCCCCCGCGCAGCGCCUCCGGCGGCGGGGGCGGCGCAGCGGCGGGUGCGCGGCACCAUCCCGGCGAGGCGCGGUCAGUGGUGAUGCCUACGCACAUCGCAGGCCAGGCCGUUCCGAUCGGGGACGAGUCGCGAGACGGGUCGCGUCAGAGCCUGGCGUCGCGCGGCGGCCACAGCUGUCGGUCCGCGACGGCCGGCGCGGUGGCGGCCGGCACGCCGACGAACCCGCCGCUGUACGCGCGCAUGGCGGGGAGCAUGCACGGCGCGGGCGUGCUGAGCGGCGGGGGGAUCGUGUGCGGGGGCGGAAGCAGCGGGUACGGUAGCGGCGGCGGCGGCGGCGGCGGCGGCGGCGGCGGGGGAGGGGGCGACUCGAUGAGUGGCGGCGUGGUGGUGGGUAUGAGUAGUUCGUCCAUGCAUGCUGGUGCGAUCUCUGGUGGCGGCUCAGGGCACGGGAGCAGCGUGGCGCUUAGGGCGGCGCAGGCGGCGAAGUUGAGGGCGGCGAGGACGGCACAGGAGAGGCACAACGUGCGCAUCGUGGGGACGGGCCCCGAGCUGCUCGUGCUCUCCCAUGGCUUCGGCUUCAACCAAUCUAUGUGGACGCAUGUGCUGGAGUCGUUUGACACCGCUCUGUACCGCAUUGUACUCUACGACCUCACCGGUGCUGUAGGGUCGGACAGCGAUGCGUUUGACUUUCAGCGCUACAGCACGCUGCAUGGCUUUGCAGAGGACCUGCUACAGCUGCUCACAGAGAUGGGCGUCGAGGGCGACUGGGGCCAGCAGUGCACGUUGGUGGGGCACAGGCAGAGCGGCAUGAUUACACUGCUGGCAGCCAUCGAGCGCCCCAAGCUCUUCAAACGCAUCGUGUUGCUCGCCUCCUCGCCCAGGCUGCUGGAGGCCCCGCCCGACUACAGCAGCAGCUUUGGCCUGGCUGACCUGGACAAGGUCUUUGGCAUCAUGCAGGGAAACUUCCGGUUGUGGACCAAGGGGUGCGCGCCUGUGUUGAACGCGGAUGACGUGAAGGCAGUGCACGUGAGGGAGGUGACGCGGCCGCUCUUCUCUCUGCGCCCUGACGUGGCCUUCUCCUGCCUCAAGACCACCUUCGCCUGCGACCUGCGUGAAGUGCUGCCUCAGGUGGAGGUACCAGUGCAUAUGCUCUUCCUAGAGGGAGACCCCGCCACCCCCCCGGCUGUAGCGGAAUACAUGCUGCGCCACAUGCCCUGCGCUACAGCUGAGGCCCUCCCUGUGCGGUCCGUGCACCAGCAGCCUGAUGUCGUGGCAAGCGGCAUUCUUCGGCUGCUUCAAGCCGCUCCGGAAAACUCCAGUGGGUCUCAGCUGACAGGCGGUGGGAUGGGGUUCGCUUCUCCGCCUUCUGAUGCAUGGAGUACACCCAUGGAGAAGCGAUCCGGGAAGCAGUCCGCGUCGUCACUAGUGGCGAUCCGCUUCGACUUCAAAGUGCAUCUUAUCGAAUUGCGCCCGUGGCUGCGCAUGGGCGCGCCGGCGAUCAUCCAGUGGCAGCGCGGGGACAAGCGCACGGGAUUUUCCAAGCCGGUGCGCGCGCAGCGCGAUGAGGGCGGCGCGGACGAGAACGCGUUUAAAGUGGUCAUUGACCAGACAUUCCGCGUCCCCGCCACGCUGUACCGCGAGCGCGGCGGCCCCGGCGCGCCGUACCAGCGCAAAACGGCGGCGUUUUCGAUCCACGAGGCGCAGGCGGACGACUCGGCGCAGCCCAAACCAACGGCGCUGGGGAAGGCGUCGCUCGACCUCUCCGCAUUCGCGGACUGCGCCGGCGUGCUCCCGCACGCGCUCCCCGUGCAGGUCUCCAAAUCUCUAGGCGCAGCGCUAGGCCGCCCGGAGCUACACCUGACGGUGGAGUGCGUGGGGAAGAAGCUGAGCAAGGAAGCCGCCGCGGAGGAGGCGGGCGCGGGGGGCGCGGGCGCGCUGCCGCGGUUCUACCCGACGAAGCUGGAGCCGCUAGAAGACGCGGAGGACACGGCGGGAUCGUCGGGGGACGAGACUUGCUACUCGGACGCCGCUGGGUCCGUCACUGGCGGCGGGGGAAGCCGCCUCUGCCCGCUCUCCGACCAUGGGGGGAGCGAUUCGGAACACAUGCGCGCAGGGGGGGCGCACGGGGCGCACGGCGCGCAUGGGGGGCACGGGGGGAAGGGGUCAGGGAGGGAGCAUACGCGGAAGGAUAGUGGAGCGUCGUCAGGAGGGCAUGAGAAUCAAAGCAGCGACGCGGAAAUGGUCAGACGGGGGAGUGGCCCGCGGAGAGGCCAUGCGGGAGGAUACGAGGACCAAGGGAGCUCCACGCCAGGCUCGGCGGCAGGUUCGGCGGCAGGUUCGGCAGCAGGUUCGGCGGCAGGUUCGCCAAAGCGAGCGGGAGAGGGGAGUAGGACUUUGAAGGGCGCGCCGGGGAGCGCGAGAGAGGGGAGAGGGGCGGGCAGGGGCGAGAAGGGGAGGGGGAGAGACCGCAGGCGGUUCUCAGGGGGGGAGAUGGACCUUAGCCUCGCGUUCCAGGCGUCCGCGGGGGGAGCCAGGGCGCAGGGCGCGGGGGCCGGGGGAUUGCCGCCGGUGGGCGCGGGGGGAGUGGGGGAAGCGGGGCUGGGGGGUCGCAUGGCUUCCCUGCCGGUUGGUGGGGGCGCGGAUGGGGGGAUGGAUGAGGCAUGGGCGCAGGAAGCCUGGGAGGAGGGGGAGGAGGGGGAAGAGGGGGAGGAUGGUCGAGGGGAAGGGCUGGAGGAGGGGGAGGAGGAGGGGGAACAUGAUGGGUUUGAAGGGGAGGAAGGGGAGAAUGGGAUGGAAGGAGGGUCGUUUGAGGAUUUGAAUGACGCUUUUGGUAACAUUGGGGGCGGUAACAUGGGCGGUGGGGGGAAGGGCAGGGGCGGUGGGGGGGAGGCAACAGACAUGCAUGAUGUGUAUUCACAUGACAUCUACGUGCAUGACCCCCAGAGCACCCAUGACAUGCAUGGUGAUGGGGAUGAUGGUGGUUUGGAGGACAUGUAUGGGCAUGACGACAUGCAUGACAUGUACGGGCACCAGGGCAUGGGGAGGGGCAUGGGCGGGGGGGAGGAAGAGGAGGAGGAGGAGGUGAGGGAGGAGGAACUGGAAGACCUGUCUCUGGCGUACGAGAGGGGCGGGCCGGGGCAGCCGCAUGGGGGCGGCAUGGGGAUGGACGGAGGGAUGGGGACAAGGAAAGGCGGGCGGCAGCAGCAGCAACAGGCGGACGGGGAGGAUUAUUGGGGCGAGGAGCAGGAGGGGGAGCAGGGGGGGAUGCAGGGGGGGAUGCAGGGGGGGUAUGGGCAUGGGCGGGGGUACCCAGGGGGCGAGGGCUACGGGCAGGGAGAGGGGGAUUAUGGGGAGGGGGAAUAUGGGGGGGACGAGGGAUAUGGGCAUGGGCAUGGGCAAGCGCGAGGGCAAGGGAAGAGGCAGGGGCGAGGGGGGUAUGAUGAUGCAGAGGGGGAGUAUGUGCAAGUGGGGGAAGGGGAGGGGGGGGAGGAAGGGGAGGAGGGGGAAUACAUGCAAGAAGGUGAUGGGGUUGAUGACGGCGAUGGCUAUGAUGAUGGCAGUGGUGGCACCGGCAUGAACGGGGGCGAUGGGGAGUAUGACGAGGCAUUUGGGUUCGAGCAGAGGCAGGGCAGUUACGGCCAUGCUGACAGGUACGGCGACCAGCAGGGGGGGUACGAGGAUGGUUACGCAGAGGAAGGAUACGGGGACGGGUAUGGGGAUGAGCACGCUGGUGGGGAGGAGGAGCAGGACGAGCAGCAGCAGCAGGAGGAACAAGAGGAGGAAGAGGAGGAAUUCGAGACGCUGCCCCCCCCUCCACCAAAGUCCCCCCGGUUCCGGCAGCGGUCGCUAGACGGCAAGGACCCCGCUGGUGGUGGAGGUGGUGGUGGUGGUAGCACGAGUGCGUUCGCUGACGGGCUGCUGUAUGGUCUCACGUCGCCCUCCAGCCCUGCAGGCGACCUCUUCCCCGUCAACCUCAAGAAGCCCAUGCCGUAUGUGGGCGGCGCUCUCGAUGCGGUUACCGCGUCGCCGCCCCGAGCUGGCAGCAGCAGCGGUGGCGGUGGUGCUGGCGGGGAGAAGAAGCUAGUAGAGGAGGAGAAGCGAGCCCUGCAGGCCCUGGGGGACGAGGUGCAGCGGCUGAGAGUCUGGGCUGAGAACGAGCGCGCACGGCUCAAGAAGGAGCACGCGCAGAUUGAGAUGGAUAAGAAGCGGUGCAGUGAGUUGGAGAGCCAAAUGGCUGAGUUUUCUGCUUGGUCGGAGGCGGAGGAGGAGAGGAUACGGCGGGAGAGGGAGGAGGCUGAGCAGAUGAAAGGGGCGGCGGAGGCAGCAGAGAGGAGGGUGAGGGAGGAGAGAGAGCGGUUUGAGUGGGAGCAGCAGCGCGUGGCUGAGGAGAAAACGCACCUUGACGAAGCUGCUGCUUCGGUCGCCGAGGCUCUGGCUCGGGCUGCCGAGGCUGAGGAGCGGGCGAGGAGCGCGGAGCGGAAUUUCGGUCGGCUUCCGGGGGAUUUGAGAGACGCGGCGAUGGCUGACGUGGCAGUGUAUGCCAUGCGGCCGGAACACGGAGGAUCCGUGAGACGAGUCCACACUCCCGCGAGGCGAAUAGCGAGGGCGUAUGCAUUCGUGCGGGUUCACGAGGGGGAUGAGCGGGUGGGGGGCGUGGCUAGAGUGGCAGUGACGGCUCUGACUCUCGUGUCCAAGGCUGCUGCUGAUGAUGCUGCUAGGCUGCUCUUCUGGUGGUCCAAUACUGUGAUGCUCAGGGAAGCCAUCGCCAGCAUUGCUCCCACUGAAGCUCACUCUUACUCUGAUGAGCCCCACUCUGGCAAUUCCUCCUCUUCCUCCUUCCCCCUCUCCGACCGAACCUCCUCUGGUUCUGAACCGGAUUCCGAACCUGGUGGGGGUACCGGGCCUGGGAAAAGGGGUGGGAGAGGAGGGAAGGGGGGAGGUGGAGGAGCAGGGGAAAGGGCGGGUGGGGGGGGAGGGGGGCGGGAGUCGUGGGGGAGUCCGGGGGCGGUGGUGGCAGCUCUGAGGCGGCUGGAGGAGUGGCAGCACGAGCGGUGCCUGCAGCUGGUGUGGCGCAAGGUGAGGCAAGGAGAAGGGGGGGGGCAGGUGAGAUUGACCCCCCUCACUCUCCCUCUCCCCUUCUUCCCGCCUCUCUUCCGGUUUUCCCUUGUCUCCCUUCCCCACCCCCACUACCUACCCCCAGUUCAGCCUCUGCUUACCAAGCCCCUCCAUUCUCCCCUCCUUUCCCCAUCACACCCCUUCCUCCCCUCAUGUCCCCGUUUCUCCCUUCCGGCCCCUUCGUCUCUCAUCACCGCAUCCCCCUCCACCCCUCUUUUCCUAUCAGACGCUGAGAGGGCCCCGUGGUGGAGCAAGCUGGUGGGUGUGGAGCGGUGGAGAGCGGUGCUGCACGAUGCGUCCUUGAGCCUGUGUCCGCAGCGUGCCAUGGGGCGGUGCUGUGGCUGCCUGUACCUGCUGGAGAAGCAGGUCUUAGAGCACUGUCUCCUGCGUCUUGACUCGGCAAUCUUCAACGCACUCCUGCGCUCUAACCCUGACGCAUUGCCCGCCGAACCUCUUGCCGACCCUGUCACCGAGCCUGCCGCCCUGCCGUUCACAGCAACGGGAAAGCUCACCUACUCGCACGGCAUGCACCUCAAAUACGCCACAUCUGCUUGGGCCACCAUGUUUCACGACCUCGACGCUCACAUGCACGCGCAGAUUGACUACCUACUCGCAUCCUCCCACCCGCCCAACCCCUCCGCACCGCUCCCCACCCCUCCGCCUUUCUCCUCAUCCCUCCUCGCCACCACCACUGCCUUCUGGGCUGGGGCUUUAGACCCCUCAGACCCCUCCCCCUCCUCCUCCCCCUCCUUCUUCUCCUCCUCUUCCUCCUCGUCCUCCGCCUCUUCCGCUGCUGCUCACCCAGCCUCCCCUCGCUUCCCUCCCAGUGCGGCGGCAGCAGCGGGGGCGGCAGUGGAAGUGACAGGGGGACCGGGGGAAUGCUUUCCGAAGCUGAGAGCCAUGGCGCAGGUGCUGCUGCUGCCUAAGGAUUUGUUGGCCGACCAGGAGGCGAGGAAAGAGGUGUGUGGAGAGUUGACGGUGGCAUUGCUGAGGCGCAUCCUCCUCAUCUUCGCCCCAGAUGCCAAUGCACCCGACCCCGUCUCCUCCACGCUGCUGCAACAGCUCAACAGCGAGGUGCACAGCGAGUCGCGCCGAGGCAAAUCCAAUCCAUCCACCGACAUCGCGCCUCUCCCCGCCACGCCCUACACCCCGCCCCCCUCGCCAUCCGUGCGACUCCUCCUGGGCUCGGUGCGGCUGCUGCACCUGCCCCACGCGGGCUCCUCUGGUCUGGCUCUCGACCGCGGCUACGACAGCGACGAGGAGCUGCGCCUCGUAGAGUCCCCCGCUGACCUCCUCUCCCACAUGCUGCUUGAGCUUGAGAGGGGCGGCAGUGCUGGUGCUGCUGGUGGUGCUGGUGGUGUUGGUGGAGGGGCGAGUGCGAAGGGUGGGGCUGGGAGGAGUGCGACGGCAGGAGGGAAGGCGCGGGUGGUGGGGCACAGGGACGGGUAUAAGAGCUCGGGUUACCAACUGCUGGCUGACAUGUGGAGCAGACAGGCCGCUGGUAGUGGUUCCUCCUCACAUGCCUCCGGUGACACAGGGACCUGGUAG